AGCAUUGGCUUCAGUCAGUGCCCACGUUUUCCGGUGGAGUUUAGCUGCGCCAUGCAUGAGGUGCCUCUGGCUUUGGCUGCUGCCUCUUCCAUGUGCAGGGCUGUUGUGCCCCAGCACCUGCGCAGCGCAGGAUGGCACACCUUGGCCCUGCCGCUUUCCCAGCUGCCAACUUCCAGUCACACACAACCCCGCACGGGGGACCCCACAGGAUAUCAAUGUGGUGGUGCUUAGCCCCUACAGCGGUGAGUUGGGAGACCUCAUGACCACGGCCGAGCCUUUGUUAGAGAUGGCACUGCAAGAGAUCGAGAACUCCACGCUCCUCCCAGGAUAUCGAUUAAAUGUACUUUUGGCCGACUCCAAGUGCACCCGCGAGGACGCUACGGCGGCAGCGGUAGAGGCCUUUUACUCGGGGGACCCCAAGCACGCCAUCCUCGGGGACGCCUGCAGCGACGGCUGCGAGGCCGUCAGCGACGUCUCCCGCUUCUUCAAAGUGCUGCAGGUCUCUCCGGGCUGCGGCUCCACGAGCCUCAGCGAGCGGUCGCGGUAUCCCUACCUCGCGCGCCUGGCGCCCUCCGACCGCUUCAAGCUGCAGGCCAUCUUCGAGGUCAUGAAGAUGUUCAGCUUCAAGCGCGUGAGCCUGAUGUACCAGAGCAACGAGAACUUGGCUCUCUUCCAAGACUUGGUGCAAAGAGACGUCGAGGCGGGGUACGCCUGGAUCACGCUGUUGACCGAGCGCAUUGUCAGCAUCUCCGAUGCUGAGCGAGCUACAGCAGCGAUCCAGACCAGGGACUCACGCAUCACAGUGCUGUCCUUGAACGAGGAAGCUGGUGCCAUGCUGUUGUGCCAAGCCUACCUCAAGGGCAUGGUCUCCCCGGACUUCGUAUGGUUGCUCUCUUCUGGCAACUGGGGCCAGAACUUCCCAGAACGCGCGAACCACCCGCACAUCAACUGCACCGCGCCUCAACUGCUUGCCGCAGCGCGGGGCCUGAUCGCGGCGGAGUUAGGACCCAUGCUACAGAGCUCCUCCGUGCAUGGCCUUUCCGGUCGACCUCUCGCAGACAUCCACAGCCAGUAUGCCGCACAGUGCCAAAGCUUUGGGAACGGCACCGGGCGCUGCAACUUCAUUUGGACGCCCUACUUCUACGACGGUCUAUGGCAGCUGGCCAACGUUUUCCACAGCCACCUCUCGGCCAGCAGCCAGCUUACCGGCGACGCGGCCCAGGAGGCGCUAUACAACAUCUCCUUGCAGCAGGACUACCUUGGCCUCAGCGGCCAAGUGCGUUAUUUCGACUCAGAGGCGAUGCACAAGGUGGGGGCGGGUGAUCGAGAUGGCACCAUCCUCCUGCGGCAGGUGGUUGGGCCUUUGGGCGAUGAGUUCCAAGAGCUCGCGUACUGGACGGGUCAGGGCAUCACUUGGAAGGCAGACAUCGUUUGGGGCGACCAGCGAGUGGCGUGCAGCGGUGGCAGCUGCAACCUCACCGGGGCGGUGGUGCCUUUGGAUCGGGGCACCUGCGCUGCAGGCCGCAUCUUCGUGGACGCCUUAGGCUGCCAAGCCUGUCCUACCGGCAGGUUCGAGGAGGCGGGGCAGUGCGUGAAUUGCCCCGCCGGGAGCUUCGCGGCCUCGCCGGGCCUCGCCAGCUGCGAGCCGUGCCCCGCGGGCAGCGCGGUGAACUUCGCAGGGGCGGAGGUCUGCGAGGUGUGCACGGAAGGGCACUACCAGAACGAGACGGGGGCCUUGAGCUGCCUGCGCUGCCCAGUGAGCUUCUACGGCCCCAGCCGCUCGCUGCCCAGCUGCUUGCCGUGCCCGGAGGGGAAGACCACCGCCUACGAGGGCGCCAUCGACGUGCAGAUGUGCACGUGCAACGGCGACAUCUUCGAAGGCGUCUGCAUCAGCUGCUCAGACGACUUCCGCUUCGUGGAGGGGCAGUGCAUCGCCUGUGUGGAAGGACUCAGGUGCAGGACAGGGGAGACGCCAAGG